ACCAACUGCGACUGUCAAGACAUCCGCAGAAAUCAAACAAUCUGGGAAAGACAUACGAAACUCUGCGACAUACACAAUGGGCAAAGAUUGGAAAGAAAUCGCUGCGGCGAAGAAUCAACGCAUCAAUGACAGCAUACCGAAAGAGUGGCGCAUCGACACUUCGUCUUUGCCUGACAACGUCAUGGAUAUCCCAGCAACCAGCGGUAUCCUCAGCAGAACCGAGCUCGAUAUCACAAACUCCUCCGCGACAGACUUGGUAGCAAAACUAGCAGCGGGAAAACUCAAAGCUGUCGACGUGACAACCGCAUUCUGCAAGCGCGCAGCUAUAUCCCAUCAAGUCACCAAUUGCGCCUUGGAAAUUUUCCCCGAAAUGGCGCUGAAGCAGGCGAAAGAAUUGGAUGAUUUUUAUGAGAAGAAUGGAAGGACGGUUGGACCUUUGCAUGGUUUGCCUAUUUCUCUCAAGGAUCAACUGCGCAUCAAGGGGUUGGAGACGACUAUGGGCUAUGUGGCCUGGAUUGACAAGUACGACACUGAAGACUCCGUGCUUACUGCAAUGUUGAGAAAAGCGGGAGCUGUCUUCUACGUCAAGACUUCUGUACCGCAGAGUUUGAUGGUUUGCGAGACUGUCAACAACAUUACUGGUCGUAGUGUCAACCCUCGCAACAAGCAUUUGUCUCCUGGUGGCUCUUCGGGUGGAGAGGGUGCUAAUGUUGGUAUUAGAGGUGGUAUCAUUGGUGUUGGUACUGAUAUUGGAGGGUCCAUCCGCGUACCUUCGGCUUUCAACUUCUUGUACGGACUGAGACCUAGUCACGGAAGACUGCCAUACGGAAAGAUGGCGAACAGCAUGGAAGGCCAAGAGACUGUACACAGUGUUGUAGGACCUAUCACGCAUUCAGUCCCAGACAUGAGACUGUUUGUACAGUCAGUCUUGGAGCAGGAGCCCUGGAAACACGACUCCAAAGUCAUCCCCAUGCCAUGGAGACAAUCCGAGCACGACGCUGCAGUCAAGAAGAUCACUUCCGACAAACUAACUCUUGGCUUCUUCAACAACGAUGAUGUGGUGAUGCCUCACCCGCCAAUCCUCCGCGGAGUCGACAAAGUAGUCUCAACACUGCGCGAAAAUGGCCACGAAGUCAUCGACUGGAAACCCUAUAAACACGACUACGCCGUGGACCUGAUCCAAGGCAUCUACGCCUCUGACGCAGGAAAAGACAUUCAUACCGUCCUCUCAGCAUCAGGCGAACCUGCAAUCCCUAACAUCAACGAUCUAGUCGAUCCUUCCAUCUCCGGCGCAGACAUUACCAAACUCUGGGAUGUACAGCUGCAGAAAUGGAAGUUCCAGAUGGAGUAUAUCGAGGAAUGGAAUAAGCUUGAGGAGAAGUUGGGCAAGGAGAUGGAUGCAUUUAUCAUGCCUAUCACGCCUACUGCUGCUAUUCGCCACAAUCAAUUCAAGUACUACGGAUAUGCUAGCGCGAUCAACUUGCUCGACUUUACGAGUGUGGUUGUGCCUGUCACGUUUGCAGACAAGAAUCUGGACAAGAAGGAUGAGAGUUUCAAGCCAAUGAACGAUAUGGAUAAGCAGGUGCAAGAAGAGUAUGAUGCCGAAGCCUAUCACGGCGCACCUGUUGCAGUACAGAUUGUUGGACGCAGACUCACAGAAGAGAAGACAAUGGCCAUCGCCGAGGAGAUCGGCAAGCUGCUAGGAAACGCUAUCACUCCCUAGAAGGUAGUAAGAAGUAACGACAACUCACGAAACAUGUUGCACAUUGAAACAGAAAGAUUAUUAGGAAAGAGA